GUUUUAUUUCAAAUAUGUUGAAGUUUACUACGUUGCGACAUCUCUUGUUCUACUUGACUGUACCCUUGGCAUUGGUUUUGAGUCGACAGUAUUAUGCUCAACCAAAUAAUUAUAUUUCAUCUAUGAACGAUAAGCUUUCGCUGCUGCAACUCAGAAAGCAAUUUGUGGACUAUCUAAGGAAUUAUGCUUUUAAAUUACAACAAGCGAUUAAAGAGCUAAACAAUUCUGCUCAGCAUAUACAGCGUGUUUUAAAAAGAAAUACUACUUUGUAUGUAAACUUUGAUACGCUACGUUCAGCGCUACAUCCCGCUGGUUUGGUACAAAUAGAUGCUAUCAAAACAAUGCGGCCCCAAUUGCCCAAUAGACAAGAUUUUGAAGAAGCUCAGACGGCAAUUUUUCGCAUUGAAUAUGUUUACGAUUUAAACUCAACAAGUUUGGCAGAUGGUUGGAUUGAAGAUGAACACUAUAACAUUACUUUGAGCCCUACGGACUGCUAUGAGAUGGGUUCAUUCUAUUUGGAAACUAGAAUGUUUAGCCUGGCCAACAAAUGGGCACAGACUGCGAUGCAUUUAAAUAACUCAGCAUGGGAUGAUCCAAUUGGCGUAACCAGCGCUAAUAUCAGCGUAUUGAUGGCCUGGUCUCUUAUCAAAUUAGGUAAACGUAAGUUGGCUAAAGACGUGCUCGAAAAAGAACCAGAAUUCACCGGUAAAGUUCACCAGAUGCUAACUCACUUAAAGUCAAACCUGCCUAAUAAUAAAGUCCAUAAAGACGCUAUGAAUCUGGAGGAUGCAUAUUUUAAGCACUGUCGUUCCUCCUUUCAAAACCCUACCACUCGUUUGACUUGUUUCUAUCAUGGCAAUGCAACUGCAUUUUUACGCAUUGCACCCUUUAAAGUGGAACAGAUAUCUGGAUAUCCGAAUCCCUUAGCCUACAUAUAUCACGAUGUUCUUUACGAGAGCGAGAUGUUACGCUUGGAGCAAAUAAGCGAGUAUUCACUGGACCGGACAGAAGUAGAUGAUGUAAGCGAGAAGACAAUUUCCCCCUUUCGCACCGCUAGUGGACGAUGGUUAUCACGUUAUGAUAGCGAUUAUGUGGAUCCCUUCCUCUUUCUCCGCUUGCAACAACGCGUUGUGGACAUGACUGGUCUUAGGUUGGAUAGUGAAAUAAAUGAAUCCAUGCAAUUACUACGAUAUGGCUUUGGUGGCCAUUAUGACUUACAUAGCGAUGCUAACAAUGAGGAAAACGCCGAAAACAUGAAAGGCUUUGAAAAAACAUAUUUUGACGAUCGCAUUGCAACCGUUCUUUUUUAUGUAAAUGAUGUGGAAAAAGGUGGCGUCACGGCCUUUCCUUAUCUAAACAUUGCGGUCAAGCCUCGACGUGGUAAGGCAUUAAUAUGGAAUAGUCUGGAUCCAUUUAGCUUUGAUUAUGAUCAUCGCACAUUCCAUGCAGCAUGUCCAGUGCUAGUUGGUCAUAAGCUGGCUUUAACGCAAUGGAUCCAUGAACGUGAUCAGAUGUUUACACUUCCUUGUUACUAUGCUCCAAAAGAAAGAAAAUAUAAUUACAGUUUAAGUUACCUUGAUAGCGACCCGUAAAACUCUUCUUCUUUAUAGCUAAAUUUUAACUCUUGCUGUAUGCUUUAAAUUAUAUAA